GAGCACACUGCAGUUCAUAAGAGGGGCCCACCGCAGACGCUUCAGUCGACGUGACACGGCCAGCCGUAUAUCACCCUUCGUUCACGCACCUGGAGUACACCUAGAGCUGACGUCCAUUUGAGCGCACAAUGCCGGACCUAAGAGGAAAAGUGGCCCUCAUAACUGGUGCCUCGGCGGGCAUUGGCGAAGGCACGGCUAAGCAUUUUGCCUCCCUUGGCUGCUGGCUUUCCCUGACUGGGCGGAACACAUUGAAUCUAGACAGAGUGGCUGAGGCUUGCCGCGCACAGGGGCUUCCUCGAGACAAGGUUCUGGUCGUACCCGGUGACUUAGCAGUGGAAAGGGAUGUGGAAGAUGUGGUGCAGAAGACAGCGAAGCACUUCGGCAAACUUGAUAUUCUCGUUAACAAUGCCGGAAUUCACUUGAAAGGAUGCAUUCAAAGUACCUCAGUGGAAGACUUUAACAAAGUGUGGCGGACGAACUUCCUCGGUCCGCUCUGCAUGAUCAAAAACGCUGUACCCUACUUGCGUCAAACUAAAGGCAGCAUCGUGAACAUUUCCAGCGUCGGAGGGUUGACUGCGGUUCAGUUGAACGUUGCUUACGGAGUCACCAAGGCAGCCCUGGACCACCUGACACGAUGCGCGGCACUAGAGAAUGCUCCGUAUGGUGUCCGUGUGAACUCAAUCAACCCAGCUUAUGUCAAGACGAUGAUGGGGAAAACACCAGAAGUCAGCGCAGAUGAAUACAUGGAGACCUUCGAUAAAAGGAACGGUGAUAAGCACGCACUGGGACGAGUGGGUACACCGGAAGAAGUUGCCCACUGCAUCGCCUUCCUGGCAUCCGACGACGCCGCGUUCGUCACGGGGAUCACGAUGCCUGUCGACGGGGGCUUGCUCCUUCUGUCUACCGUCUCGGGUCCCGCCCCAUUGCUGGAUACCCAGAAGAAUGCAUGAGAAACCAAAAACGCGGCCUUGCUGUCCUGCCAGGUUACACUGCAAGAACCGAGGAAAUUCUGGCAAACCCCUUUUUAAAAUGAAUCCCCCUGUCAUACAAGAAACUCGACUUUUUAGAGACUCGCGCUCUUCGAAGAACUUUCACUCUGUUUGGGCCAUGGAAGGCCAGACAAGGGCACAUACAGCGCUCUGCAACUCAGCUGAAUAUAUUGGGUGAACAGUUACCCCAGCAAACAUUAAUUACGGACAAGUAUUAGGUGUUAUUGCGGAGGGACGCACGUAGAGCAUGACGCCUUUGUU